ACUAACAAGUCUAUAAAACGACGGUGCAACGGUACGAAUGGAGUUUGUUGUUAAACAAAUAUCAGACAAGUGCAAGUGUGAUCUAGAUACAUAUUGAAAUUGUAAAAGAAAAUUCAAAACAAAUCAACGAUGUUGCGGACAUUUAUUGUAUUGACUACAUUGGUCUGUGUAGCAGUGGCUCAGAAAUAUCAACAGACAACGCCGGUACCCAUUUUAAAGCAAAUAAACCGUCACAACGAAGAUGGAUCGUACAGUUAUGGCUAUGAGGGAGGUGAUGGCAGUUUUAAAAUCGAAACUAAAUAUCCCAAUGGUGAAGUAUAUGGUAAAUAUGGCUACGUAGAUGAUGCUGGAAAGGUUAGAGAAAUCGAAUACGGAGCAAGUCGUCGUGGAUUCGAACCGGCAGGAAGCGACAUAAACGUUCCACCUCCGACUGUAAACAAUGAUAACAAUCUCUCGCCACUCGGACCAAAUGAAGUCGAUGAUGGUCAAUACCGAGAGGAUCCAAGCAUUUACUACAAAGACGACAAAUACAACGUCGAGCCCGUUAAAACUGUCAGCCAACCAGCCCGCUUCCAAUCAAACACAUUCGAAACCAAUUUCAACACAAAUAACAACAAUCAAUACCAACAGCAAUCGCGUUUCCGCCUCCAACAGCAGCCAGAAUACCAGUCUCAAAGCUACCAACAACAAAAUCAAUUCCAACAAUACCAACAACAACCAUUCGAAGGCAGACAGUUUCAACAGCAACAAUAUCAACCGUCCCAAUAUCCAGCAUCCCAAGCUGAUCUAUUCAGAGGACAUCCUGCGACUCAGUUUGAUAUAAACACUGGUUCUUAUAGUGUUUCGUACACGGGGUAAAGGUUCUCCUUAUUAUAAUUGGAAUUACGGGAUGGUUUUGAGAUAUAUUUUAGGACGAUGUUGCCAAUUUUUAAGUCAUUACGUUUAAUUGAGAAAAAGAAAUAAAUUUUUGAAACGAA